UCAUAAUUAAAUCACACUGAGACUACAGGUCACGUACAACAGUGUAAACAUGUUGUAUUUAUAGCCUCCCUAACAUGGUGUACGUUACCUUCCUGAGUGCGUGUUCAAAAUUUUCGUUCGUUACCAAAUAAUCCAAAAACAACAAAUCGUUUAUAUACCUCGGGUGUUGUUAAAAUUGCUAUCAGUUGUCCAACAUUCGUGUUUUUCACCACAAAACACAUCACAACAAGGAUUUCUUUUUUUUAUAUUUUCAUUCAAAAAAUUCAAUAAGACAUGAUGUCCUCCAAGUUCCUUGGAAUUUGUGUAUUACUUGUUUGUUUUGUUGUUAUCAAUUCAGCAAAUGUUCCAUCGUCAGGUCGUUUUUUGAGAAAUCGUAGUAGAUUCUUGGCAAGGCAAGAAAUUGCCGAGGAUGUACCAUCAGCUCAGACACCAUAUCCACCAGCUGGCGAUAAACCGGAAGUUGAAUUUGAUCCAUCUUUAAAUGAGAGCGAAGUUGAUCAAGGAGUACCAGAAUUUCAAUCUGAAUCGAUUCCGGUGGAGGAGAAUGUGGGUGGUGUUGACCCUGGGUUUUCACGCUUGACAGCUUCAAGAGGAAGUAGUAGAUUAGUGCAGAAAAGACAAAGAACAAAAUUGGCACCAUUGAAACAAGUGGACCAAUUAAAAUCUGCUGCUUUAUUGCAACCACUACAACCCGUUCAGGCGUUACAAUUUCAACAACCUCAACUUCUGGCUCAACCAAUUCUUCUUCCCGAUGGACGUAUUGUGUACUCUAUAUUGGCUUGAAAAUAAACACCAAUUGUGAUAAAAU